CAAGAGGACUCUGCAGAUAUUUUACCUUGCAGUUUUUUCUGUUCUUGGCUUGGGGAAAACUAAGUGGCAAGUAGCUUUGACAUGGCUCUUUCUGGUAUCCUGACAGAAGCUGAAAUUGCUGCUGGUCUACAGAGCUGUCAAGCUGCUGAUUCAUUCAAUUACAAAACCUUUUUUCUCAAAGUGGGUCUCAACUCCAAGUCCAAAGACCAGCUCACCAAAGUCUUUGGAAUUCUUGACCAGGACAGGAGUGGCUUUAUUGAGGAAGAUGAACUGAAACUUUUCCUGCAGAAUUUCUCAGCCAGUGCCAGAGCUUUGACUGAUGCUGAGACCAAGGCAUUCCUGGCAGCAGGUGAUAGUGAUGGAGAUGGUAAAAUUGGAGUGGAUGAGUUUCAAGCUCUGGUCAAAUCUUAACAAGCAGUCAAAUAAAGACCAAGAUAUCUGUGCCAUAAACAAUCUUUCCUAUUGCAAGCCUACUACUUAUUUACACAUUUUGUACAUGGAAGGUCAUGAACAAUUGCUGGCAAGUGAUUUCAUAUUGCUGGAAAACAUGUGAAGUAGUGCAAGCACUACUUAAACCAUGUUCCCCAUUAUUUUAAGCAGAAGGUCUUUAUACCACUGGGAGACUGAAUUGGAAUCCACUCUGCUCAUCUGAAUUUUUGGCAUUAAGGAUGUAAGUUAAAAUAUUAAGGGAAGGAGAAAUCAAAAGCAUCUCUGAGGGGCAUUUAAUUUUCAAUGUUUGCAUAAAUAGCUAGCACCGGUUGUAAAAAACUGGAAUAAAUAAAAUGUCCAGGUGUAAAACCUGGUUAUGG